GUGCCGGUGCCGGCGGCGCGGUCGGCGGCGGAGCGGGGCCAUGGUGAAGAUCGGCGUGCAGCAGCCGCCGGCAGCGCUCAAGCCGGAGAAGGAGAAGGCGGCGGGGGGCGAUGGGGCGGCGGGCGCCGAAGAGCCAGCACCUCUGGUGCAGGGCCGGAGGUCAUCGCUCAGUGGAGUGUGCUACCUGACCAUGGGGCUUCUUGUGCUGCUCUUGGGCUUGGUCUUUGCAUCAAUGUAUGUGUACAGAUACUUCUUCAUCACCCAGCUGCCCCGUGAGAGCGUGUUUCACUGUGGCGUCCUCUACGAAGACUCACUGUACUCACCGUUCAGAGGGCAGCUGGAGCUGCAUGAGGAUGUCAAGAUCUACAUUGAGGAGAACUAUGAGCAAAUCAACGUCCCAGUGCCCCGGUUUGGAGGGAGUGAUCCUGCAGAUAUCAUCCAUGAUUUCCAGCGAGGUUUAACAGCUUACCAUGACAUAACGCUGGAUAAAUGCUACGUCAUUGAGCUGAACACCACUAUUGUGAUGCCUCCUCGCAACCUGUGGGAGCUGUUGGUUAACGUGAAGAAAGGGACAUACCUGCCUCAGACAUACAUAAUCCAGGAGGAGAUGAUCGCCACUGAGCACGUCAGUGACAUGGAGCAGCUCGGCUCCUUCAUCUACCGCCUCUGCAGUGGCAAGGAGACCUACAGGCUGAAGCGGAGGAGCACAAGGAGACGCAUCAGUCGACGCGAGGCUGGAAACUGUCAUCGCAUUCGUCACUUUGAAAACACUUUUGUGGUCGAAACUGUUAUCUGUGGGAAGUCAUGAAGCCACUCUCCAGAUGAAACCUUCCUUGGCUUUGCUUGCACACACAUGCACACACAUGCUCUCGGUCCUCUCUUUAGACAUGGUAAUCUGUCUUACUUUUUUUACUCCCUCCCCUGCUUGUGCAGCUCUAACCUCUUGGGUCCAUCACAGUGGAUUCUCUUCUCUCCCCACUGCCUACCUGAGACAUCUAUUGGGCUUAAAUUUACACAGUGGUGAAAGAUAACCUGGAAGUAGAUGGUGUUUCUUUCACACCACAGGAUGGGAAUCUUUUGGAAGCAAGCUUGAGAAAUAGGAGUGCUCGAAAUAGGCUGAGGGAUUUCAGGCUGGUGUAGUGCUUUGAGGGUGCUGUGGCACUGGGGCAGAAGGUGCAUGCAUAAGAGGAGGGCUACUGUUUUAGUGCUGGUAUAAUGACCAGAAAUAUAUAACCAGAUGCACUUAGGAAAAGAAUAGUUGUGAUGUUACAGACAGUGUGGUUCAGAAAGCGUAGCAGAAGGAGGGUUUCCGUACAGGCCAGAAUCAGAUUUUCAACCAUUGAAAGCAGCUACUGUGUUGUUAUGGCUCCUGGGUUCAUCCCUCAUGUCUCCUCCUGAACACAUCAUGGCUCAGUGUGACUCAUGGAGCAAUGCAAGGUAUCCUGUUGGGUGUUCAUGGUGGGCAGGAGGCCAGGGCAAGGAGGUGGGUUGGGAAUGACACAAAUGACACAGAAUGUCCGUGCUUCUCAGCCACAAAGCAGAAGGUGAAGUGCAAGGCUGGGUAGCCCUGUCUCUAACACACAGUUGCAGCUGCUGUGGAUCCUGGGCAGAUCUGCUGUUACUUUGCCUAUGUAAAAGGGAUGAAUCUUUGAUGUGAGGUGCCAAAGCUCCUCGCAUCACUGAUGUCUCAUUAAUAGGCCAUGGGUGUGGGUGGAACUGGGUGGUUUACUCCAGCCCUGUGUCUGUCCUGGACAGCUCUGCUUGCUUGGGAAGAUUACGUUCAUGUGUCUGUCUUCCGGAGUUGUUGAGAUCCCAUCUGUGUGUGGAUGUGUGGAUGGUGUGCCAUGCCUACGUACAGAGUGGUGUCAGAAGCAGAGCUGGGAGUUACUGACAAGUGCAGAAUCAGAUUGUUUUAAUUCACUGUUUUUAACAGUAUGUGUAAUCUUGUUUGUCACCUCUAAAAGCUGGUUUCAUUGUGAUUACUGUAGUCCAGCCAUGUAUCACAUUAUCUGCAGGCAUCACUGUAGUACAGAUAUUGAUACGAGGCAUGAUUCAGCAGAUCAGUAUACUGCAGAGAAAUUGUGUGAUCAAAACUGCAUUUCUGUUAAUCAUCAGAGAGAUAAAAAUGCAGAUUAAUUAAAUAUCCUUCCCUCUGUUCCAUAAAUAUAGUUAAAACUAAUUAGGCUCUUGAAACACAGGCAGGUUUUUGGCUUGAAAGAAUGGGGUGAGUUUCAGCUUGGCACAUUCUUGUUAACUGAUUUCCAGCAAAUCUGGACUUGAACUUCACCAUCUGCUGAAAUUCAGGAGCUUGUUGUUUUAGAAGGAGAAGGAUCAAAUAAAUGCAAGUACAAUCAUUAAUUCAGCACAACCAAAAAGUGAAUAUAUUUUAGAAUAAAACUUUUAAGUAAUAAUGCUUUGAGUUAACUGUGUGAAAACAAACCAGGAUCUCUAAAUGGUCAUGUAAUGCAAUAGGUAUGAGUGUGUCCUUAGUGCUGACAAUUUAUUUUUCUAUAUAAACACAGUGAGCUAUAAACAUCAGGUUUUAACAAGUAGAGAAGGAUGCGUUGGUUUCAUUCAGCUUUAAGCUUGAUGUAAAAUGAAGUGUUAUGUGAGCUCCAUGCAGGUUGGUCAGGAAGGUUUCCCACUGCCAGAGGGGUAUUUGCUUUUCUAGUAUUGUGUUUUUCCAGUGGUAACUUGCUGCUAGCCCUGAUCUUUCAUUGCUGACUGGAUGACAAUGAAUGGGUAAGUGAAUUGGUUCACUUAAUGGAAGUGCUGCAGACUGGUAAAUUUAAGCCCUGCAUUUACUUCUAGGAGCCUAAGCCUGCACUCAGGUGAACAUACAGACCUUUUUUCCCCUUCCUUCUGAUUCUGCAUGAAUUAACUGGUCAUUGAAUAUGCUAACUCUGUGCAAUCCUGCAGCUGUAAGGACAAACCUUGGUUCUUUUAAGGUGAAUUAACGUGGUCACUGUUUCAUACAAUGAGAAUGCAGUUGUCUAGAGAGAAAACAUAAGAUGCUUUGUAUAUUUUGUCUGGUAGCCCUCUUAAUUCUUAGGAAAAAUCUGUGGGAUAAUAAAAUCUUUUACCUCCAA